AUGCCGUCCGCAACCGAGAAUCUCGCGAUCCCGCUGGGCUCGCUGGUUCUCGUUACUGGCGCCAACGGCUUCAUUGCCAGUCAUGUCAUUGACCAGCUGCUCCAAGCCAAUUUCCGUGUGCGCGGCACAGUACGCAAACUGACCAAGGGCCUUUGGCUGAAUGACUACUUCUGCUCAAAAUAUGGGCCCGGGAAAUUCGACCUUGUCGAAGUGCCCGACAUGGCCGUUCCACACGCCUACGAUGAAGCCGUAACAGGUGCAUCCGGGCUCAUCCACGUCGCAACUCCUGUCCUGGUCACCUAUGACCCCAACGAAGGCAUCCCCAUGGUCACCAACGGCACCGUCAACAUACUCGAGUCCGCUCGAAAAGAACCAUUGAUGAAAAGAGUGGUGUUGACAUCCUCAUCCACCGCCGCCGCGAGCCCGCAGCCAAAUGUGGAAUUCACAAUGGAUGCAGGGACGUGGAAUGAAGAUAUCGUGCGAGCAGCGUGGGCUCCGCCGCCGUACGAAGGUUGGCAAAGGCGACAUAACGUCUACGCAGCCAGCAAGACGGAGGGGGAGAAGAUAGCAUGGAACUGGGUGAGCGACAACCAGCCGGAUUUCGUGCUCAAUACGGUCCUGCCCAAUGCGAACUUUGGCAAGAUGCUUAGCUCGCAGCAUCAGGGGUUUCGGUCGACAGCGGGCUGGGUGAAAGCUGUCUGGGAAGGGUUUAGGGGUCAAUAUGCGGACGAGGUAUUUAAUAAACCGCAGUAUUACGUUAAUGUGCGGGAUAAUGCGCUGGUACAUGUUGCGGCAUUGAUAUAUGAGGAUGUGCGUGCCGAGCGGUUAUUUGCGUUUGCACAGCCGUAUAAUUGGAACGAUAUACUGGCAGCGAUGAGGAAGUUAUAUCCGGAUAGACAGUUUAUUGAUGAUCUUCCGGGUCUGGGCAGAGAUUUGAGCAAGGUUACAAAUCAAGGAGCUGAGGAUUUGCUGAAGAGGAUCUCAGGAAGGGGUUGGACGGGUUUUGAGCAGACCAUCAAAGAGGCGACGGAGGACUUUAUUUAG